CAAAGAAAAGGGAAAAGCACACAGAGUCACAGAGGCGUGUCCCUCCCACAAGCCCAAAGGCAAACAACACACGCCGUCUCCUCAAUCUCCCCAAAGUCCAUUCCACUUGCCACUCUCCAAUUCCAACACAAACACUCACUACCUCUGUUUAAAAUAUAUAGAACAAAUUCCAAGCCUUUAAGGUACUUCGUCUUUUGUCUCACACCACCCACAUGGCUCUUCUUCACAAGCUCGCACCUUUUUCCUCUCUCCACUCACCCUUCACCGGAAAGCCCCAUUUUUCUCACACCACCCACAUGGCUCUUCUUCACAAGCUCGCACCUUUUUCCUCUCUCCACUCACCCUUCACCGGAAAGCCCCAUUUUUCUCCUCCCCGCCGCCACCUCGUUUCCUUCUCCGCCUCACCCUUCACGGAGAAGCACUCCCUAGAGAGGUACCAGAGGGAUCAAUGGGUGUACGAGGAUAAUCAGACGAUGUCGCUUCCUCCCCCUUGCGACUCGGGAUCCGUGAGGGAGGAAGAUAUAGCCCUGCAGCUGCCGGAGCUGAAGAAGCUGCUGGAGGUGCUGAGGGAGAAGAGGGAGAGUGAGGGGAAGUGCAGUGGAGGAGAGUGUGUGCCAGGGAAUGUGUUCUUGGUGGGGACCGGACCUGGGGACCCUGAGCUUCUCACUCUCAAGGCUGUGAGAGUAAUUAAGAGUGCUGAUUUGUUGCUGUAUGACAGGUUGGUGUCCAAUGAUGUGCUGGAUUUGGUUGCCCCUCAGGCCAAGCUUCUCUAUGUGGGAAAAACUGCUGGAUACCAUAGUAGAACACAGGAGGAAAUACAUGAGCUUCUUUUGAAUUUUGCAGAAGCUGGGGCAACUGUUGUGAGACUUAAAGGGGGUGAUCCAUUGGUGUUUGGGAGGGGUGGAGAGGAAAUGGACUUUUUGCAACAGCAAGGUAUCCAAGUCAAAGUUAUUCCAGGUAUAACUGCUGCAUCUGGAAUAGCUGCAGAGUUGGGAAUACCAUUAACUCACCGAGGCAUUGCAAAUAGUGUGAGAUUUCUCACAGGGCAUUCAAGAAAAGGAGGAUCUGAUCCUCUCUUUGUUUCAGAAAAUGCUGCUGAUUCUGAUUCUACCUUGGUGGUUUAUAUGGGCUUGUCGACCUUCCCUUCACUUGCACACAAGUUAAUGCUUCAUGGUCUGUCCCCUCAGACCCCGGCUGCAGCCAUUGAGAGAGGGACAACACUUCAGCAGCGCACAGUGUUUGCUGAACUAAAAGACCUUUCUGAGAAAAUAACAUCUGCUCAGCUGGUGUCACCAACACUGAUUAUAGUAGGAAAAGUUGUUGAACUAUCCCCAUUUUGGCCAGCUUCUACAAAAGAAGAAUCAUGUUUAAUGCAGACAUGAGGGAUGAUGUUGUUGAGAAAUAUUACUGUGAUGUGAAGCUUGGUGGAAAUGAAGGGUUACCUUGUUGAGGGUUGAUUUAGCAUGAGCUUGCACAUAAAAAGGGGUGAUGAUGAUUUUGAUUGAGAUCUAUGGAGGAUGCCUGGGAAAGAAGGUAAAUAAAGCUAUCUGAUGUUUAUGGAAAUGCAGAACUUCUGCCACACAGUCUUGGGGGUAUCAAUUGGAUUGAUUGGCUUUGGCAGGAACUGUUUCAGAACCAAUUUUGAUUUUUUCAUGUUCAAGAUUGGGAAUAAAACAAAAUGAUACACAGAUUCACUCUCACUUUUAUGAAGAAACACACUGAUUCCCAUAGCUGCUGUUAUCUUGAUCAGUGAUAACUUGGUCAUUGGAGGAAAAUUUGUGUUAUAGCCUUAGCUUUUUAGAAUCUUUCUUUCAAGAAGAAAUGUGGAGAUGGGUUUCAUCAAGUGCUAAUGUUGCUGUUAUUCAGAACCAUUGAUUGUAUUUUUCAUUCAUUGUUCUUGUCUGUUGAUGUUAAAGAUACUGACUUCAUCAUGUGACCUUGAUGGUUGUAAGAAUUCAGUUUUGGUUUACUGAAUUCAAAAUCAUAUACCUGGUGGUAUUCCUGUAACCAAAAGAUAAGGUUUUAUUUUGAGUUUUUGAACAACCUUGUAAAUUAUUCACUGAAUUAUUUCUUCUAUGGGAUUUCUAAAUUAAAAAAUCCCAAGUACUUCACAUCAUGAGCAUAACAAAGGAAGAAUAUGUUUCGUUUUUGUCCCAAUGUAAAAUAAUCGAUCAAUGAAUACCUCUUGAAUUUA